AUGGUGGUCGGACGCAAAGUUAUUCGCCGUGGUUCACGAACCUCAGCUCCAGCUCGACGAUCUUCUAUUCCCGAAGACUCGCCUCCAAAUUCUCCUCAACGAACUCCGAUCCUUCCCGAUCUAUUCACGGAAUCGAUCGACAGCAUUCAUUCACCAUUUCAUCUCACCAGCGGUGAUAAUCCCGGUAUUUCCCUCAUCUCCGAGGUCCUUGAUGGUUCAAAUUUCGAUAACUGGCGUAUUGCGUUAACUAUUGCUCUCGAAGCUAAGAAUAAAAUCGCAUUCGUUGAUGGCUCUCUCUCUCGGCCUAUUGAAACCCAUCGUCACUACAGAAUCUGGUGUAGAUGUAACUCUAUGGUGAAAUCGUGGCUUCUCAAUUCCGUUUCGAAGCAGAUCUACAAGAGCAUCCUCCGUUUCAACGAUGCCUCUGAAAUUUGGAAGGAUCUGUUUACCAGAUCUAGCUACCUACUACACCAAAUUGAAGACGCUUUGGAUGAACUUGAUGGGGCUGAUUGUGUGACAACUUGUGGUAACUGUGAUUGUUGCAAAUCCACCUCGAAGAAAUCCGUUCAUGCUAAGGAUCACAGUCAAUGUUCUUUCAAUCCGGUUCCGAAUGCCUCUGCAUUCAACGUGACUGUCUCCGAUUCAUCUCCCUCCGUUAAUGCUGCUUCAGCUCCAUACAGGAACAAUCCAAAUCGUCCUAUUUGUUCACACUGUGGUUACAAUGGUCACACAGUUGAGACGUGUUACAAGAUUCAUGGAUAUCCUAUUGGUUUCAAGCACAAAUCGAAGCAACAAUCGGAUAAACAGGGAUUCUCUGCAUCCAAACCUCAGAAUAAUCAAAAUAAGCCUGUUGUUGCUCAGCUUGCUAUGUCUCCUGCCGGCUCAAAUGAUAACAACUUACCUGAGAUUAUUAAUACUCUUUCAAAGGAUCAGAUUCAAGGGGUGAUUGCUUAUUUCAACUCUCAGCUGCAAGUCUCUCCUCAGCCUGUUGCAGCUUCUCCGAGUUCUGGUGGCACUAUCACUUCCCUUCCCGGUAUGGCUUUCUCUUCCUCUACUCUUUGUUUUGUUGGAGCCUUGGGAGCCAUAGGGUCCGCCUUAUCAUCCCAGUCGUGGAUUAUAGAUAGCGGAGCCACUCAUCAUGUCUGUCAUGAUAAAACCUUGUUCAUGAAUCUCUCUGAUUCUUUGAAUAGAGCUGUCACGUUACCUACUGGUAUUGGAGUGAAAAUUGCUGGUAUUGGUACUGUGAAAUUGAAUGAGGCCUUGGUUUUGAAGAAUGUCCUGUAUAUACCUGAUUUCAGAUUGAACCUUCUCAGUAUAAGUUUCCUUUUACGAUUCGCAUUUGAAUCUCCGUUUGAGAAUCCGUAUCAUCUUCUUCGUGACCUUGCAUCCCUAAUUCCUUUGAGAUCGUUUUUCUCUAUUGGAUUGGAUUUGGAUCCGAAGGCACACAAUUUCUACUCUGAAUCUUCGUUUGAGAAUUUGUUUGUCUCCUUCAAAUUCCUCGAACUCGAAGAUGAUGAUCUGGAGGCGACGCAACUUGAUGUUAAUCGUAGCCGUAAACCAUUUCCUCUACAGAUUGCUUGGACUUUCUUCUCUAUCUGUACCGGAUUCAUCUGCUUCCAAGAAUUUCAGGAUGGAGUAAGAGCAAGUUAUGCAAAAGGAAGAAUAAAAAAUGAACGCAUUUUUAAGCUGUUCAACGUCAAAAGUAAUCUCUGUAACGAGUCUGAUUCCAAGAAAAAAUAG